AGUUACAGCUGCAACGAAGCAACCAGAGAGAAGCUGUCAGAGAGCGAACUAAAACCACGGAAAGGAAAGGACACGGGGCAACGUUUAACAGCUGCCAGGGACGGCAGAGACAACGGCAUGCAGUGACGGGUGGGGAAGAGCGAUUCCAAAUGGACCGAAGGCUGUGGGACUAACACACAGCAGCCGCCUGAGAAAUCACUCUAGAGCAGCCAGCACAGGCUGCCAGGCCCAGGAUAGAGGGCUCUGUGCCGGCUGCCACUGCUGCACUGGAGAGAGACAUGAAUGCAGCAGGAGACAGUCUCCUCCCCAUGCCAAGGUGGGGAGGGCACCCGGCAGUGGGACCCCUGGGAUCCGUCUGGUAGAGAAGGAGUCACCGGCCUGUCCUUCCCCUGACUGCCACUGACAGGCCAAGGGGAAAAGCCUGUAACCACUCAGCUGAAGCAGGCCCCCUGCCAUGCAGUGCCCAAGAUGUCUGCCCCAGGCUGGGACCAGCUGGAGCAGGAUCCAGGGACCCAAGCUGGGAGGCCGAGAGAUUAUGCGCACGCUGCUGUCACCCAGCUCUGCACCAGGUGCCAGGAGCAGCUUCAUGCUUGGGAGGAUGCUUCACCCAGCUGGCAGGCUGUGCUCCAAAACAUCCCUUGUCAGGAGCUUUGCUCGCUACCAAGGAGGAUUUCAGGAGAGUGCGUCUCAGCCGAGCUCCACCCGGCCUGGCCCGAUGGCCCUGAGGAACGUGGCCCCGUCCGAUGCCAUCCAGAAGCACCGGAAGAGCCUAUCUGACUGGUUCAGCCACCAGCCCAAUGAGGAGAGGAAGUUUGGCCCGUCCUUCUCACUGGACACCAUCCACGUGGACCCGGUCAUCAGGGAGAGCUCCCUGGAGGAGAUCUUGAAGCCCUCGCCUGACCUGACCAUCCUGAACCAGCUCCAGUCGCCUUGCAGCCGGACCAUCAGCCUCCAGAACCUGUUCGACGUGGACGCCUGUGGGCAGCAGGUGAAGAACGUGGUGCUGUACGGCACGGUGGGCACAGGGAAGAGCACCCUCAUCAAAAAGAUGGUGGUGGACUGGUGCCACGGGCGCCUGCCCCGCUUCGAGUUGGUCAUCCCCUUCUCCUGCGAGGACCUGUCCCAGAGCAACGUGCCCGUCUCGCUACGGCGCCUCAUCACCAAAAAGUACCUGCACCUCAAGGACGUGGUGCCACUGCUGGGCUCCUCCAACCUCAAGGUGCUCGUCAUCCUCAACGGCAUGGAGCGGCUCAACUUGGACUUCCGGCUGUCUGGCACCGAGCUGUGCUGCGACCCCAAUGAGGCCGUGCCUCCCUCCGCCAUUGUAGUCAACCUGCUGAGGAAGUACCUGCUGCCGGAGGCCAGCAUCAUUGUCACCACGCGCCCAUCUGCCGUGCGCCGGAUCCCCAGCAAGUACGUGGGCCGCUAUGCCGAGAUCUGCGGCUUCUCCAACACCAACCUCCAGAAGCAGUAUUUCCAGAUGCGCCUGAGCCAGCCCGGCUGCGACGGCAGCGGGAGCAGCAGCAACUCGGACGAGCGGGACAACCUGGUGGAGAUGCUCUCGAGGAAUCUGGAGCGCCACAACCAGAUCGCGGCUGCUUGCUUCCUGCCCUCUUACUGCUGGCUGGUCUGCACCACCCUGCACUUCCUCUACUUCACCAAGUCGGUGCCUCCCAGCCAGACCCUGACGGGCAUCUACACCAGCUUCCUGCGGCUCAACUUCAGCGGGGAGAUCCUGGACAGCACUGACCCCACCAACGUCUCCAUGAUGAAAUACGUGGCCAAGACGGUAGGCAAGCUGGCGCACGAGGGGGUGAUGUCCCGCCAGACCUGCUUCUCGGAUGAAGACCUGCAGAAGUGCUUCGAGGUGGAGAUGAAGACGGAGGGUGAGCUUAACCUCCUCAACGUCUUCCGCACUGACGUCUUCCGCUUCUUCCUCACGCCCUGCGUCCAGCUGGGCAAGGAGCACACCUUCGUCUUCACCAUCCCUGCCAUGCAGGAGUACCUGGCAGCCCUCUAUGUGGUGCUGGGCGAGAAGAAGACCCUGACGCAGCGGGUGGGGAAGGAGGUGUCCGAGGUCAUCAGCAAGGUAAGCGAGGAUGUGACUCUGGUGCUGAGCAUUGUCUCCAAGGUCCUGCCCCUGCGCAUCCUGCCGCUGCUCUUUGGCCUACUCAAGAUGUUCCCCCGCUUUUUCAACCGGCUCAGUGGCAAGGACCGCGACACCAUCGCCCACACCAUGGCGGUGGAGAUGUUCAAGGAGGAGGACUACUUCAAUGACGAUGUGCUAGACCAGAUAAACUCCAGCAUUUUGGGGGUGGAGGGCCCCCUGCACCACCCUGACGAGGCCCGGGAUGACGAAGUCUUUGAGCUCUUCCCUAUCUUCAUGGGUGGGCUCCUGUCGCGCCGCAACCGAGCCCUCCUGGAGCAGCUUGGCUGCUCCAUCAAGAACCUGGCAGCCUUUGAGAUUGCCAACGCUAUGAAGAAGACCAUGAUCAGGAACAGCCGCAAGUGGCUGCCCCCGUCUGAGCUGAUGGACUACCUCGUCUUCCUGCAUGAAUUCCAGAAUGAGCGCUUCACGGCUGAGGCCAUCCGCUCCCUCAGGGCGAUCAACCUCUCCUCCAUCAAGAUGACCCCACUCAAGUGCUCCAUCCUGGCAUCUGUCAUGGGCACCACCAGCCAUGAGGUGGAGGAGCUUAACCUGAGCUCGUGCCAUCUUGAUGUCAGCAGCCUGCGGACUCUUUUCCCUGUCCUGCUGCGAUGCCGGAAGCUCCAUUUGCAGCUCAACAGCUUGGGCCCUGAAGCCUGCAGGGAGAUCCGGGACCUGCUGCUGCACGACAAGUGCGUGGUGAGCACCCUGCGGCUCUCGGACAACCCCGUGACAGAGCAGGGGGCCAAGUACUUGGCUGAGGCCAUCGCAGGUAACCGCUCCCUGACACACCUGUCCCUGCUGCACACCUCCUUGGGGAACCAAGGUUUGGAAGUGAUCACUCAGCACCUGGCCCAGAACCAGCACCUGAAGGAGCUCGACGUGGGCUACAAUUCGGUGACGGACGAGGCAGCUCUGGGGCUGGUGGAGGUGGCUAAGAGGCAUGCGACACUGAAGGAAGUGCACCUGUAUUUCAAUGACAUCAGUGAGGAGGGCAAGCGAGCACUGCACGCACUGCGCAGGGACCGCGACGGCGUCCAGGUGUUGGUGUUCCUCACGGUGGGCACCGACGUCUCCGACUACUGGGCCUUCAUCCUGAGCGUGGUGCAGAAGAACCUGCCCAACUGGGACCGCGAGCGGGUCCAGCAGCACCUCAGCCUGCUGCUGCAGGACCUGGAGUGCAGCCGCCGGCAGACGGGCAACCCCUGGAAGAAGGCCAAGUUCCUGCGGGUGGAGAACGAGGUCAAGAAGAUGCUGGUUAAAAUCCAGCAGGGAACCCUCUAACACGCCCCCCUGCUCAUGUCUCCCAUGGGUCUGCACCAGCAGGAUGGGAGAAUGCAAUGGACAUAAGGGCUUAACAGGGUCUGAGGGAGUCACUCUGUUAACCAUUUCCACCAGCACCACCACUCCAAGAGCAGGGUUCACUUGUGUGGCUGGGGACACCAGGGAAAUGAAGCUGGGAGCAGAGAGUUACUUGCGGCAUUACAGAGUGUGGGGGUCCCAGUGCUGGGACAGCACGAGGCACUGUUUUAGGCCUGGAGCGAGGUGUGUUGGCAAUGCUGGGCAGUAGAAAAGGAGGAAGUUGGGUGCGGUCAGAGCGGCUGGUCGGAGUGGGGCAGGGAAGUUUGCACAGCACUGGUCCUGGCUUUAGAUGGCACCAUCGCUCUUUCACUUGUAUCCCAUCUUCACAGCCACACAUACCUCAGGGACACGCCCAGUGCUAGGGUUCACUGGGCUAUUUCCCAAGCAGCUCCUGGCCUCCCUUCCUGGAGUGCACUGAGGCCAUGAACCCUGCACUCUCAUCUGCUGUCUGAGCCAUGCCCAAGUAGAACUGCAGCGAAAGCAUCGCCAAGAGCUUGGAGCCACCUGGGGAAGGAGCCACGGAGCAUUGCCCCUUGGGAGCCGCCCCGUGCCUCCGGCUGGGAACCAUCUGCCAUUCCCAGACAGCAAGUGGCCAUUGCCAAGGCUGGUGAGACCCCAGCUCUGUUCCAAGGGAGUGGGGAUGGCAGCCUGAACACCACAAGGGCUGAGAAUGGUGCGGCCAUUGGUCAUGUCAAGCACAGGACAGGGUUGCAUGGUAGCAAUGGAGGCAAGACUCUCUUAUGGGCACCAGAGGGGGCUGAGAGCCAGUGAUCAACCAAGGGCUUGUGUCUCCUGGACCUUGUGGAGCCAUUUCUUCUAGGGCCCAGUGGCUGCCGACCGCUCCCAUUCUGAUCUGGGAGCAUUUGACGCCCACCGUACACUGGUGUGAAUGACGGCACCGGGGAAUCAGGCCCUGGGAGUCCAUCCUGGGAGGGAGGGUUGUGUGGACUGGGACAGCGUGAGGCCCAAUGUUGUGGGGAGCGACUGAAGGGUGGAGCAGCUCUGGGGGUUGUUCCCAGUAUUGGAUGCUGUUGUGCAGUUCUAUGUAUCGUUGAAACUAAACCACUUUUCUUUCCACGAACGUGA